UGAAACCCCUUAAGGUCUCUGUUCCUCAAAGGUGCUCUUUGAGAACACUGGUAUGCCCUUGAGGAGGUGUGAGAAGUUGAGUGGACAUUGGAAUGAGGCCGUAAAGCCAGAGAGAUGGGAGCCAACGCAUGAAGCGUCCAUGUGAAAGGCAAACACAGCCCUGAGCCAUACAUACUGUACACAUACAUGCGCGCACACAAACACACACACACACCUGCUCUCAGCCCAGAGAGGAGCACAGACUGCACAACACUACUCCGGCUCAGCGACUGCCAACAGGAGAGCCAAACGCCUCUGUGUGUAAGACCUCUGUGUGUUUAUUGCACUGGUUGUAGUUUGUCAGAGAUCAUCAUGCCUCGUCUUGGCCUGCUGCUCUGCACAUUUCUGCUGGGAUACCUCUGGAUGGCAGAAGUAAAGUGCAGCGAGGAUUCAGGUGUGCGUGAGACCCAUCGCAUGCCCAACUGGGCCCUGACCUCCUCCGACUUCUUCGGCUGGGUGGAGGAGCUGCGCUCCCACGCCGGUUACGACAAGAUCGAGGACCUCGCCAGGACCUUCUGGGCCCACUUCCCCUCUGCCAGCCGCCUGGGCUACGACCCCCCCCCGAGGAGUAGGACAACAACACCCCCCCCCCCCCCCAUCCCAGGCUCGGCCUCUCUCAGGUCUCUCCAGCUAGGACCCCAAAAGGACGUUCAGGGCUGGUUCAUACUCUACACAAGCAACGCAGAUGCCGUUGACAAUGCAAAGCUGAAGUGUCUCAUUGGACAACACAUUAUGCAAAGGAAGAAUUUGGUUCCAAAACGCUAUAUCCUCCAUUUUAUCAUUAAAUAUUGUUUUCUAAGUAAUUUCAGUAGAAUUGUAAUUGGGUUAUUGUUAUUUGAUUGAUAUUUAUUAAAUCAAAGCAACACAACUGCAAUUUUAUUGAUAGUACCUGAAAUAUGCAAUUAAAUAACAUGAGUUAUUAAUGUUUUAAAAAAUUGAGAUAUAGCGUUUUGGAAACAAACUCUUAAAUAGUUGCCAAACCCUCCUUGCAUAGCUGGGUGCAUUCAUGUAGCUUGCGUAGACUAUGAAUAAGGCCUUACCUCUUCUGGAGGUAGUGCAUAAUGUUGGCUAUAUCGUGACCAUUUGGGAAUAUUUGGUCAGUGGAAUUGAACGAAGAUUCUUGACCAGAACAAAUGCUGUGUUUGACAAUAAAAACAUCUUAACAACAAA